AUGUUUUUCAAAAGACAUGCAGAACCAGUCAAUAGAUGCAUAGAAGAAGAGCUAGACAUUCUAUCGAACCGAUUGAAUGAUUCCAUAUACUAUGAAGACAGGCUUGAUGCACUGAACGAGAUAUUGAAGGCUUCAAGGACACAUCCUGUCGAAGUAGGUAUUUGUGCAUUGCAAAGCGUAAUAAACUCAAUGAGAGAGAUGGAGGAUGUAUCCAUACAUAUUGAGGUGAUAAAAAACACUCUUGAAUGCAGAAGCAGGAUGGAGUUCAUCGACAUUAUUGUAAGCAAUCACUCGAGUCUGGGUGCAAUAUGCAGCUGCAUUCAGGAAAAUAAAGAAGAAGAAAAUAUUUACGACCUUUUAUACGAGCUGAGCAUAUCAGAAGCAUUUCCAAAGUGCAUGCCAAAAAUACCGAAUGCAGCUUAUUACUGUGUUCAUAUGGUAAAGAAGAAAAAAACAGAGCUGAUAUCCAGACUGAUUGAAUGCGAUGUCAACUUUAAAAAGGAACUCACGUUUGCAGAGGUAUUUGAAAAUACACUGGAGGUUCUUAGAAAUGGGUUUUCUAAGGAAAUGAUGGCGCUACUGGUUCAUCUUUUAAAAGACUGCACAUUCAACCAAAACUACUUCAAUGAACUGAAUUGGGAUGCCAUACUAAAGUAUAGAGCUACACAUCAGAAUGAAACAGAUCAGGUUUUGAGUUCACUCAUAGAUCUGAAGAACCCAGACUUUCCAAGGAUCCAAUGCUCAGUGCAUAAGCGAAUUGAAAUGCAAUCGCUAGUCAAUGCAUGUGAGUGGCGCCUUAUAUAUCUUAUCAUAAAAGAUAAUGCUCAAUAUACGCAGGAGGCACUCUCGCUGAUUUCUUCAGAAAACAUUGCAAAUGCAUGUAAUCAAAAGGCAUUCACUCGAAGGAAUGACGCAUAUUUGCUAGCAGACUAUCUUUUGAUGCACGACUCCUUUGAUCUUCCAGAGCAUGAUUCAUACAGAAUAUAUACUCUAAAGUGCUUUCAUGGCAGACAGCUAUCUUUGGAAUCAAUCGCAUCAAAAAUGAUAAGUGAGAUAGAUAUGCUUGAUCGCAUAGAUGAGUGCAGUGUUUUGGACUUGUUGGUAUUUGUUAUCUUCAAUUUUCAGGCAUCUUGGGCAGACAAGAUCACCAUCAAGCUUGUUGAGAUAUUCAAUGAUUACACACGACCAAAUAUACACAGGAGUCUAUGCCUGAUUGCUCUUAUGAUGCUAGAUACGCCAAUAGAUUCAAUAGGAGUAAACCAGUAUGCUGCUGCACACAUCCUCAGAGAAACAAGGCUUCAACUGUGUUCGCUAUCACAGCAUCCAGAGCUCUACAUGACCGAUCACAUGGUAGAUACCUUAAUAGAUAAUGUAAAUGAUUUAAUACUCACGAAAUGCACUUGA